CGGGACUGCUGCUGGGUGCUGUGCGCGCUGCUCGUGUUCUUCUCCGACGGCGCCACGGACCUGUGGCUGGCGGCCUCCUACUACCUGCAGGGUCAGCCCACCGUCUUCGGCCUCACGUUGCUCUUCGUGCUCCUGCCCUCUCUGGUCGUGCAGCUGCUCAGCUUCCGCUGGUUCGUUUACGACUACUCCGAGCCCGUGGGGACCCCAGGACCCUCUGUCAGCACCAAGGACAGCGGCACCGGCGGGCCCGCCAUCAGCACCAAGGACAGCACCGCCUUCCAAACCGACGAAGGAGGUCCUGAGCUGGGUCCCCGGCCCUCCUCCGCCAGCUCCUACCGUCGCCGCUGCUGUCGCCUCUGCGUCUGGCUACUGCAGACCUUCGUCCACCUCCUGCAGCUCGGCCAGGUCUGGAGGUACUUGCACGCCCUGUACCUGGGCCUGCAGAGUCGCUGGCGUGGGGAACGGCUGCGGCGCCACUUCUACUGGCGGAUGCUGUUCGAGAGCGCUGAUGUGAGCAUGUUGCGCCUGCUGGAGACCUUCCUGCGCAGCGCGCCGCAGCUGGUGCUGCAGCUCAGCCUGCUGGUGGACAAACGCGGGGAGCCCGACCUGCUGCCGGCCCUCUCUACUUCCGCCUCCCUUGUGUCCCUGGCAUGGACACUGGCCUCCUACCAGAAGGUGCUGCGGGACUCAAGGGAUGACAAGCGGCCCCUGUCCUACAAGGGCGCUGUGGCCCAGGUGCUGUGGCACCUGUUCACCAUUGCAGCCCGAAGCCUGGCCUUUGCCCUCUUUGCCAGUGUCUAUAAACUCUAUUUUGGCAUUUUCAUUGUGGCUCACUGGUGCGUCAUGACCUUCUGGGUCAUCCAGGGAGAGACUGACUUCUGCAUGUCCAAGUGGGAGGAAAUCAUCUACAACAUGGUGGUAGGCGUCAUUUACAUCUUCUGCUGGUUCAAUGUCAAGGAGGGGCGUAGCCGCCGCCGCAUGACCCUGUACUACUGCGUCACCCUGCUGGAGAAUGCUGCGCUCACCGGCUUCUGGUACUCCAGCCGCAACUUUGACUUCCAUUCACUCCUCUUGGUCUGCGUGGUGGCCUCCAGCUUCGCACUGGGCAUAUUCUUCAUGUGCGUCUACUAUUGUCUCCUGCACCCCAAUGGGCCCAUGCUGGGUCCCCAGGUGCCUGGCUGCAUCUUCCCUGAGGCCCCUAGGCCCUGUGGCCCACCAGCGGAUGCUGUCACAAGUCCCCCAAGGUCCCUGCCAAGGACUACAGGCACGGAACGGGAUGGGGCCUCAAUGGGGGGUGAGCGUGCAGGGACCCCCACGCCACCUGUCUUCCAGGUGCGGCCUGGCUUGCCUCCCACACCAGUAGCUCGGCCUGUGCGGACAGAGGUGCCUGUCAUUCGGAUUGACUUGCCUCGUAAGAAGUACCCAGCAUGGGAUGCUCAUUUUAUUGACCGCCGGCUCCGGAAGACCAUUUUGGCACUGGAGUACUCCUCACCUGCCACACCCCGGUUGCAGUACCGGAGCAUGGGGACUUCCCAGGAGCUGCUGGAAUAUGAGACCACGGUGUAGGCCACAGUCUUCCCCCAAAGGGGACAGAUGUGGUGAUCCCACAUCAACCACAGUGUUGACCCAGAGUUUGAGGGCCACCGGGCUGUGGACCUGUUGGUCCAAGGAUAGAGUGGCCCCAUCGUUGGGUUCAUUUAGGAUUGGGGGCAGCCUUUCAGGGGAGGCCCCAGCCCCAGGUUCUGUUUUCAGUCCUGCGGCCCAUUCCCUAAAGUCCACUGAACCAGGGCCCAGGGAGUUGACUGGUGCUACAUUCUUCAUGAGCUACCCCAUUUUUAUUGGGGCCUCCAUAUCAUGUCUGAUGCAGGGGCCGGUGCCCUUGCUCCUGCCUGGCAUUGCCCACCUGUCACCCCUGGUGGACCUAGCAGAGGAAGGGUACUGUCGAGUCAAUGGCCCAGGCCCUUUGCUCUCCAGCAGCUGUAUGGAGUGGGCUGCCUCUGUGAUGGGAGAGAAUCUGAGGUGGAGGACACAGUGGGAGGUGGGGAGUGAGUUGGCACAGCUUGUGGACAGGGUUGGCAUGUCCCGUAGGGUCUGAAGCAAGAGGGGACUUGAAGGAGGGAAAGCGGGUGGGGGUAGUUGGGUGGGGGCUGAUGGUGCAGAGAUGGAUAGGAGAAGGAACCCUGAGGGCCCAGGCUGGCAGGAACAUGGCAGGGUGAAGGAUCUGCAAUCCAGAGCAGAGAGAGUAAGGAACAUGAGCUUCUCGAGAGACAUGCUUUGCUGUGGACUGGUAUGGAUGACGUUCUAGACACCUCAGGUGAAUUUUUCAAGAAGCCAUUCUUUGUUCUAGAUGAGCAUCUGGAACAUUUCUUCCAGAUGAAGGUCUUGAACACAGCAGAUAAAGUGUCUAGGAAGAUACUCUGUCUGGGCUCAAAUACACAUGAGGUGGCAGCACAUGUAACGGGAACUAUUCUAGAGACAUGCUUAGCUCUAUACGAAGUUCAAGAACACAUGGCUGAUAAAAUGUCCUAGGGAGCUGAUGCUCUAUAUUCCACUAGGAGAGGUAAGGAUAUAGGAGCAAGGACACUGCUCCACUAUGGGGGAUACUAGAGUCCACUAUUGUGGCUGAGGGGAAUGGGGCCCUAGAACCCAGUGCAAAUUAAACAGUCUAGGCCUGGUGCUGCAGUUCUAGACUUCUGGGACUUAUGAGAGUUCUAGGUCCCUGUCCAUCUUGGUCCACAGUCAUCUUUCUAAAGAGGAAGCUGUCCCCAGAACUCAGCUAUUUCAGUUGCCAGCUGCUUCUCAGCAGGAAAAAUAAUAGCUCUGGGGACAUGACAUGAAUCCUGGCUCUCCACCACCCUGCAGAUUAAGCUCUCUGGGGCAGUAUCUGGGAAACUGACUUAUAUUGUCUCUGAUCUGAUAACCACCCAGGACUCGUGGUCCAUUCCCAUGGCCCGAGCAUCCUGGGGUAUGCAUGGGACCACACAUCCAGGGCUGCUCCCCUGAACCAGGGACCAGUCCCAGAUGGGGUACAGGAGUGUGGCGGUGGGAAAAUAUGUGGUCCUAUAGGUUGGAGGGAUGGAGACUUUAGGCAGAAGAUGGAACCCCUUCCCAUUCCCCAUAGCAGCUAAGGUGGGUUCCCCAGGAGGGGCCUGCAGGGGACUUUAGGGACAGAUGCAGACCCUGGCUAGGGGCAAAGGAGGCCAUGAGAAUCCUACACUAUGCAAAUUAGAAGGGGUGCUUAGCCCUCCCUGCUCAGCUUCCCAAGUUGCAGAUGGGAAUCUGAGGCCCAGAGUGGCAACUGCUCUCAAGGCCCGAGAUGGCUGGUUAUUUCCAUCAAAUGGCGAUAGGUGAUGGAUGUGCUAAGGGUGUGAGGAGGGGGCCAUGCUCAGGAGGCAAAGAGGGCAGGACUGCACACACACACGCACAUAUGCACAUGCACAAGCACGUCACAUCUAUGAUACAAGUAACCCAGCCCCAGGCACCACCAGUGGCUACACAGAAAGCACCAGCCCAAGAUGGUGCGUGUAUUCCUCCUGCAACACAGAAAGCUUUUCCUGCUUCCUCUGCUUCUUUGAUUCCUGAGAAGCCUCAGGAACUGAAGAGCAAGGAGUGGUCCUAUCCCGAAGUAGGUCUACUCUGGUGGGCUCACCCAUAUUCCUCAUUCUCUGCCCCAAUUUAUCUCCUGAGAACCAAGACCAUGGUCAGUUACACACACAUCAUAGCCUUUGCACAAUGAGCAUCGCAGAUGGGGCUCAAACCCAACUGCCUAUUUCCCCAAAGCCAACUGCCAGGAAUUUUUACCCCAUGCUGUUUCCCUCACACUUUCCCCUUCUUUCAACAUCCCAAUCAGAGGUGUUGUCUUCCCAUUCUACAGAUGAGAAAACUGAAGCUCAACACAGUUACCUGAUGGUCACCCUUGGCGAGUUAUUUUACUCUCCAGGGUCCUGGAAUGGCCCAUCUGGCUGCCUCCUCCAGCUUCCCAGAAGGAAAAGUUAGAAAUACCCUUCCUGAGAUCUGGGGGUCCUUCACAGCUCUGGGAGCUCUAGGAGCUGGGGACCUGAGUGAGCUGGCAGUGCUAGUCAUGCUUGAGGCUCAAAGGGGAAUCACAGCCACAUUUUUUUUAAACUCAAUCCCACAAAACUUCCCUCAGGACCUCUGCAUGUAAGAACAUCUGAACACCAGAAAAGGUCAGGAUCAAAGAGCCAGAGGAGAGGGUUGUGUUCACCUUUUGCUUCUUAGCCUUAGGAGACAGCUCAGCCUUCUGAUCCUGAAUUUCAGGACCCACCCUGUUCUUCCUGGCCUAAGGUCCCGCUCUCUGCUGACCUAUCCCCUUGUUGCACUGGGAUAGAGGAAUCAGACUGCCAGAGGGGCCAUCCCCUUGGAGCUGUUUCCUGUUCCUUUCUGUGACACAAUCUACCUCAGCCUGUCUGUCUUCCCUGCCAUAACCAGACCCCAUGGGUUCUUCACUCCCCGUUCCCUGUCUCACCCCAGCCUAGAUACUCGUUCCUUCUCAGAAUCCCUAUAAAGUCCCUGGUGUGAAAGAGGGCUCCAGAACCAUAACCCAGAGGGGCUCUUGGGAUUCCCUAAGCCGCCUGCCCUCCACACCCAUUAUACAGGAGAAACAGGCCUGGAGAGGGGCAAGCACUUGCCCAAGAUCACACAGGAAAUCGGUACCAGAGUUACAAUUUUCCUGGGGAUGUGACAGCUCUCAUCAGAUUUGUCUUAAUUUUGCCAGGAACAGAAGAGAAGAGACACUCUGGUACCAAAGCACCAGGAGGCCCUGCCCUAGCAUCUAAUCCCAGGAGAACUGUCCCCAUUUCCAGGGCAGACUUCUGUCUCCCUACUUCCUUGAGCUGCCACCCUUGAACUGACUCCAUAGGCUGCUGACUGUUCUCCCCAACCUGUCUGGGCACCAAGCACCCUUUGUCAUACAUCCACACACUGACAUAACAUGUGCCUUGUAACAGCCACCCAGCUGAGCAACACAGGCCUCCAUCCUCUCUAGCAAGGGCUCCCCAACAAGGGAGGCUUUCUUGGUCCCUUCCUCUCCUGUGUCUCAUUCUUUUACUUACCCCAAAAUUUCCUUACCCUCAACCAGCUCCCUGUGACACUUGUGUCUCCCUGGACUGAGAAAGCGAGGCCUAGGUCUCCAGGUAAGGACCAGGAAGCUGGGAAUGUACAGGAAAGCGCUUGUCCGGCAGCCCCAAAGCCCCCUGAAGAUCAAAAUUCUUCAGAUCCUGCCCGGAGACGUCAGGCAUGGGGAGAAGGUCCUCUGAGGAAGGUUUGUGGCCUGCAAACUCAAAUGUCUGCAGGAAAUGCAAGCUAGGGAAGUAGAGGUAUCAAUGGGAUGAGGGAGCCGUCUGGCAAACAAGACAGUGUGUGCCCUGCCCAUUGGCACUAAAGUCCAGGUUUUUACAAACACAUUGUGCUGGUCAAACUAAAUACCCAGACUGGGGCCACCAGUUUGAAACCUUCAGUUCGACGAUUCUGAGAAGCCCUGCAGAACCCAGAAACCUUUUGGAAAGUCAGGGACAGAGGCCUUGGCUUCCUCUGAGACUUCCAGCUUAACUACACUCCUGUCACCUGGCCAUCUUAAACAAGGACCCCCCACCACUUCAGCUGAAAAGAAGCGGGAGUUUGGGGAAUCCACAAAAAGCCUGGCUCCGGAACCACCAACUGGUAAGGGCUAUGGUCCCACCCAGGGCCUCUGGGCAGCUUAGGGGCUGGAGUCUCUUUUUUGCAGUGAGGUGGUACUACUGGCGAGGAGAAACCUGCAUCAGGUGAGGGGUAGAGUCUAGGCACAAGAUGAAGGCUGAAAGGGGGACCCAUUGUCCCCAUGCUACGUUGGUCUCUGGGAACUGCUUCCGCCCCCACCCAAGCUGGGUACAGGUGGAGGAGAGCUGUCAGUCUCCAUAAUGAAGUGCUUUGUGAUCUCAGUGGAAGAGACUGAGUGUGAAGUCACAUGGGCAGCUAUGGGGCCAGAACCCAAGUCCCUUCUCCCAGCCAAAGAGGUUUCUGAGACCCUAGGCUGGAGGGGGAAAGGAGACUAAUCUACCAUUCUGGUUUGAAAAGGAUGUGACAUUCCCAGUCCUUGGUUGGCAGGUAGGGGCAAGUAGAGGAAGGCAGCUGGAACGGAACACAGUGGGAGUCCUGGCCUGGUUGGGCUGCCAGAGCCUGCCUAGCACAAAAGCCUCUGGUGCACAUAGGGAACUGCCUAUCCUUAGCUCCCCCGCCCUCCCAACCUUCUCCUGACAAGAAAGCAGUCCUGUCCCCAGCAACCCUGGCCUUUAUUCUAUGCACAAUCACUGUAAGGGUCUCCCGGGCCAGGCUGGAGGGAUGGGGACCCAGGGACACUGCAAUAAUCUCAGAGUGAAGGGGAUGCCGGGACAAAGAGAGGAUAAUGACAGAAGCAGGUGGGAAAAGGAUGAUCCCUCCAUCCCCCAGUCACUUAAAUUCCGUAAUCCAUUCAGUCCUACCGUGGCCUCCUGUCCUGCUUUCUUUCUGCCUGUCUGCAUUGGGCUAAACUCCCAAACGUGGAGGGGCCUCAGGCAAACAGCCCACUGCAAGGAUCAGGAACCAUUCCUGGGGCCCCACUUACUCUUUUCACCCCUGAUGAUCCUGUGCUUAGGGAAAUCCGUCUUUUCUCCCACGCGGGGCUCCCCUCUUGAUGAAGGUUUCAUUUUGCCACAUUAAAUCAAAAUGAGAUUCUGGUUGCAGUAAAUGCUGCCAAGAUCUCAGGUGAGCUUCCAGGGCUUGAGGGUGGGACGGUUCUGUAUUCUAUUGGUUACUCUCAAAAGCACUCAUGGAUGCCCAUUCCUGCCUCCACAGACCCUCAGGCAGGCUCUGGCAGCUCAAGGUGUCCAGCAUCGUAUUUUAUGGAAGGGGCAGGCCCAGAGACCGGAGACAGCCUGCCCAAGGUCUCACAGAAAGCUGAUGGCAGGGUAGGACCAGAACCCAGGUCCUUCAGGAGAAAGUUCCACCAGAAGCCUCCCUGCCCCAGUUUUUCUCCAGGAAUCACUAGCCAUGCCUGAGGGGUUGAUUUCCCUCUGUCAGCACAAUUCCGGGUGAUUCCCUUUAUGUCCCUUCUUCCCUCCUUGAUCAGCCCCCACCCUGCUCCUUCUGUUUCCUACUCCCAGUCCCACUUCCUGAUAUUUACAUCUGUGCCAUUCCUAGUCCCCUCACCCCCACUCGCCCUUCUGAGCUUCCCCCGGGAGCGGGAGGGGGCCCCAAGCUGUGGCUUCUGUACUAAGACUCUUUUGUACUCCACAAACUUUUUGUAUAUUUUUAAUUUUGCUGCAAC